CAGUAAGUCCCAGUGUCCAAUCACAUCACAGUAUUUUCAGACACGUGCUCCUGCUGAGGUGGAGCUAAACAAUUAAGACCCACAAUUUAAGCUGAUGCUCCAAGAUAUGAGCUUCCUACCUUGACUUUCUGACUUUUUGCUGUGUUCUGAUUUCUGUGUUAACAGGUUCAUUGUUGGCUGCCUGUGGCUGAAGUCUAACAUCCAAUGGAAACAAGACCUUUGAUAGAGUGGAACACUGGUCUCUUCGACUGCUUUGAGGAUGCAAGUUCUUGUUGCUAUGGUUUCUGGUGCGCCCCUUGUCUUGCCUGCACGGUGUCAGAAAGAUUUGGAGAGAACCGUUGUCUCCCGUUGUGUGACAUGUGCUGUUGGAAUUAUCCAUGCCUGCCUUCUCCUGCAGUCCUCUCUCUAAGGGUUGCCAUGCGAAACAGAUACGGCAUCAAGGGUUCUCUGUGUAAGGACAUCAUAGCUACCAGCUGCUGUGAGUGGUGCGCCUGGUGUCAGAUGCAUCGAGAGUUAAAACAUCGCAGACAAACUCCCACUGUCAUCAAUAUGCAGAAUCAAGCCAUUGUACAAAUGCAGCCUCCUGCAGUCAUGAUGGCUCCUGCAUACCAACCCCAAGGUGGUUAUGUGCACCAAGGAGUCCCAGCCCAAGCUUGUGUGAUGACCCAAUCAAAAGUCCAUGUGCUGCCAUACUGAGCUCUGUGGCUUCUCAUUGGCCUGUUGUAUCUUAUGAAGAAAGUAUGAUUGAGCUCAGAUUUUACUGCUGUCAGGUGAAUGAUAAUCAUUCAAAACCAAAUAUGUUUUAACUUUGAAUUGUGUCCCCCUGGCAUCAGAGUAUGCUGAACAAGUUUCAGUUUCUUAAUAAUUAUGACAAUAAUUGUUCCAGUUCUUGGUGAAGUCCCUUAAAUUUGGUUCUCAGUUUUUUUGCAGCUAACAAGGACACCCAGUCAAGGAUUAAUGAGGCACAUGUAGUUCUUUUACAUCUCUAUUUCUCCACAAGUAAUCUUGGGAGUGUGGUCUACAGUUAAAAAAUAGGAACAGCAUUCCUAUUCAGCAACAUCCCACUGCAGUUUAUCCAAAAGCCCAACAGAGGGCCCUCUGUAACCACAAAUGGCUGCCAAAAAAAUGUCAUUAGCAAAUGAGGAUAUCAGUCAUCUGCAAUCCUUGUCUUUGGAAAUGUAAAACGCUUUGACAUGUUACACCAAUACAGAACUACUACUGAACAAGAUUUCUGUGCUAAAAUGGUCAAGUUAGAGAAGAUAUAUUCAUACAUACAUAUUCUGAAUGACAGAUGUGUGGUCUUAAAGGGAUAGUUCAGAAUUUUUGAAAUGUUGUAUGAGGUACGUAUUUUAGCUGCCUAAAAAAAGUCCCACUUAAAAACAUAAGCAUGAAUCAGUUUAAGUAUACGCUAUGUAU